GUAGAAGUUGCAAGAUGGCGGUUGUUUUAAAUGUCGAAAGCGGACACAAAAUGCCGGAGUAACUCAGCGGGAUAAAAAGUAAAGUAUUCUUUAUUUAGACCGACGGACGGACAGCAGCAGCAUCUCUGCAGAGAAGGAAUUGGGCGACGUUUCAGUUCGAGGCCCUUCUGACUGAAGGGUUUAGGAGCUGUUGCUGAGGACGGAGAAACGGGGACGUGAGCGGCCAUUGAGGGCGGCCAGGGUGCCAGUGAGCCCCCCCCUCCCCUCCCAUGUGCUCGGUGUGCAGGCUGAGCUUCGAGGGGCUGAGCUUCGGUGGAGGACCACAUGACGGGGCACACCAAGGAGAAGCGUUAUGAGUGUGACGUGUGCAACAAGGGCUGGCAGCGCCCGAGCGAGCUGGAGAUCCACCGGCGGGUGCACACGGGAGAACGGCCCUUCAACUGCUCAGAGUGUGACAAGAACUUCACAUGCAACAGCAGCCUGCUGCGGCACAACCACGUGCACUCUGACAAGAGGCCUUUCGGCUGCUCUGACUGUGGCAAGAGCUUCAAGGGGGCGAAUCACCUGAAGAAUCAUCAGCGAGUGCACACAGACGAGAGGCCCUUCACCUGCUUCGACUGCGGCAAGAGCUUCAAGACGAUGAAUGAGCUGAAGAUCCACCAGCGGAUGCACACGGGCGAGAAGCCCUAUGGCUGCUCCACCUGUGGCAAGAGUUUUGCAUGGUUGUCGGGGCUGUGGGAUCACCGGCGGGUGCACAGCGGUGAGCGGCCCUACACCUGCUCCGACUGCGGCAAAGGCUUCAAGUCGUCCACGGAACUGAAGCAGCACAGGCGCGUGCACACCAGGGAGCGGCCCUACACCUGCAGCGACUGCGGCAAGGGCUUCACCCAGUCUCACAGCCUGCUGGAGCACCAGCGCACCCACACCGGUGAGCGCCCCUACACCUGCGCCCAAUGCGGCAAGGGCUUCACCCGCUCCAGCAGCCUGCUGGUGCACCAGCGCACCCACACCGGGGAGCGGCCCUACACCUGUAGCGACUGCGGCAAGGGCUUCACCCAGUCCAGCCACCUGCUGCAGCACCAGCGCACCCACACCAGCGAGCGCCCCUACACCUGUGCCCAGUGCGGCAAGGGCUUCACCCUCUCCACCUACCUGCUGUCCCACCAGCGCACCCACACCGACGAGCGCCCCUACACCUGUGCCCAAUGCGGCAAGGGCUUCACCAGCUCCACCUAUCUGCUGUCUCACCAGCGCACCCACACCGGCGAGCGCCCCUACACCUGCACCCAGUGCGGCAAGGGCUUUGCCCGCUCCAGCAACCUGCUGGUGCACCAGCGCACCCACACUGGCCAACGCCCCUACACCUGCGCCCAGUGCGGCAAGGGCUUCACCCAGUCCAGCCACCUGCUGGAGCACCAGCGCACCCACACAGGCGAGCGCCCCUACACCUGUACCCAGUGCGGCAAGGGCUUCACCAGCUCCACCUAUCUGUUGUACCACAAGCGCACUCACACUGGUGAACGCCCCUACACCUGCGCCCAGUGCGGCAAGGGCUUCGCUCGCUCCAGCAACCUACUGGUGCACCAGCGUACCCACACUGGCGAGCGUCCCUACACCUGCACUCAGUGCGGCAAGGGCUUCACCAGCUCCACCUAUCUGCUGUACCACCAGCGCACCCACACCGGUGAGCGCCCCUACACCUGCAUCCAGUGCGGCAAGGGCUUCAUCCACACCUCCAGGCUGCUGUCCCACCAGCGGGUGCAUGCCGGCGACCGUCCCUUCCCCAGCCCAGUUUGUGGAUAGAGCUUUGCCAUAGCCUCCCACACCCUGCCUUCCCAGUGCGUGCACACCAGUGGCCAUUCCUACAACUGACUGUACUGCAGUGAGGAGUUUGACAGAUCGCGGGGGUUGUGGCAGCACCGGCGGGCCCACGCCGUCACUGCGGCAAGCAUUUCAAGAACGUUUCAAGAAUGCACCAACGAAUACUGUCGUGGUUUAGGGACUUAAAGUUGGAUAAGAUGACACAGACACGGAGAAUUCUUCAAAAAGAUGAAAGCCUUUAUUUGCAAACAAAACAGCUGGAACAUUCAGAGAUUACAGAUCACCUAUCUGUUCUCUAACUUCUCUCCGAUUCACAGAAACGAGUAGCUUUUAUUUCAGUUCUUUAGCCCUAUCUGCUUCUUUAUCUUGCGUGCUGUACUCCUUUCACAUCAAUCUAUCAUCAGUUCUAAUAUUUUCUGCCUUGCCACCAGUAAAUCCCGACCUUGGUUGAAUCUUAUUGAACUUACAUUUCCCGUUCAUAUCUUUUCCUCUUUCGCCACCCUUAAAUUCCAACUGUUACUCUAAUCUCCCAGCUGCAUCUACUUUGCCACCCUUAUGUUUUAGCUACAGCCAAGGUUACACACACCAUAUUAUAAUGUUACAUAUUAGUUUAAGUUUAGUACAAAGAUACAAAUGUAUUUAUUAAGAAUACAGAUACAUCACACAAAAGUAAAAUUAAGCUUAAGUAAAAGUAAAUAACUUGUUUAGCGCCUUGAUUACUAGAUAAAUGUUAAGUGCUGCAAAACUAACAAACACGUGAAUCUGAGUACAAUAUAGCUGACAUGAUAUGCUGACUAUGAUAAAUGUCUUAAUUAAGUCUUCUAUAACUUCCAUAUAACUCCUCCAUUUGAGACUCUGAGUCUCAUCAGACAAAGAAAACCACACAAAACCCAAGUCUAAUCACCCAUAGAGCCCUAAAAUGUAGACUCUUUUAAUUAAGUUUGCUUAAUGCUGUGUAGUAUUCUUUCUCUGGCUCCCUGAGAAACUGGCCAAAAACCCACCCCCAUUACGUGAGGCAGGAAAAAAGACCCAGCUUCCCUCACAGAAUUCAUUUAGCAUUUUCCAAACACUUCUUCACCAUCGUAGUAGUAUUCUAUCACCGAUGUCCACUUUCCUUUAGGGCCGGAUUCGUCUGCACCCGUUAUCAUUGGCAGUUGCUUCACAGCAGCUUUCACCAGGAGGGACUUAAUACAGGGGAAAACACAGCACAACAUUAUUGCCACUGCAAGUAGUACGACCCCAAUGGUCAGACCAAUUUUAAUCAGCCAUGCUCCCCAACCCCCCAACAUGCUCUCCAGCCACCCAAACAAUUGAUGUCCAAACCCUGCGUUUCAUUUAACCUCACUCCUUAGGUUUUUUAACUUAUCCAUGGCUUUAGUGAAGAAUCCCUCCGGGCUGGUGUUGUUAGGGAUAAAGGUACAACAGUGCUCCCCAAAGAGGACACAAACACCCCCUUUCUCAGCCAGCAUCCAAUCCAGAGCCUGCCUAUUCUGCCAUGCCAUCUUACUAAUGUAAUCAAGUUGGUCCCCCAAGGUCGACAGUGCGUAAUUAAUAAACCUCUGUUGAUUAUAAUAGAUGUAGUUAAUCCAUUUCGUGUUUUUAGGCGUAAUCCAGAAAAGUAUUGACUCCAGUCCUGCAGCAAUUUCAUUCAUGGCUUUAAAUUCAUUAGGGAUUCCUCUUGGUUGUCCUAUUGCAUCCAGAUACACUCCGUCAGGUAACAAAUCAAAUGCUCUCUUCCUACGGGUCUGUGCGAACAUCUCUGCUGGACUUAUCACAAGGACAGGUUGUGCCAACAUCACCCUGGCACACAAUCCAGUCCAAUAGAGCGGCAGUAGGUUUCUAGGCUUACCUCCGCACAUCCAAAACCCAUCAGCUACAGCCACAUCUGCUGUCAAAAUAGCCAUGCACUGUGGUAGUAUAACAGCAACAUCUGCUCUCGGCACGGCUUUAGCCAAUUUGUAUGGGUUCUGGUGAUUACAUACCCACACCCUGUUACAGUGGCCUGGAAAAGUUCCUACCGGGUGUGUGCCAUUCGCUGCAAGGUAGCAUUCAUACUGUGUUGUAGAUGUAACCCCAACCUCUGGUGGUGGCUCUGGGUAUGGUUUACCUCCGUGAAGUUCCGUAGAGAACAGUGUUCUUUCGCAAGUGUCACUUGUGACGAUCCUGCUGCAUUUAAACACUCUAUUGGGCAAUUAGACAUGUCGUUCCAGCGUGUCACACUUCUUAGGAAAUCCGCACAAUAUGUACAGUUGUGAGGUUCUGGUGUAGCCAAUAUUCUCCAAUUCGCUUUGGCACAUAUUAUACAUUGUGGCAACUGCAAAGUUUGUGCUGUAUAUUGCGCCUACUUGUACCACUCAUUUGUGGAAGCGCUACGCCAGGCGGCUGAGCUAUUUUGGACCCUUGCCUCCCUUCGGUUAAGUACCAGCUUUCCCAACUCGUGUGAAGUAGUGGUGUUAUCCUUCCAAGCCCAGGUUGGCAAGGUUGAUGGUUGUGAAGCCCGAGUAGGGAUUACCCAUGGCAGGUCCCCCUGACCCUCCUUCGCCCAUGUUGCUAGUAGAAGGAUGAUGCCUAUCAGGAGAAGGGCACUCACCCACACCCAGAUCCUCACCAGUGUCGGAACUCCCACUUUCUCCGAGUGCAUCAUUUAUUACCUGGUCAAUGCUCUGUUCUUCCCGUGUCCUCUUCUUCUUGUUCACUUACCUCGGGGUUACCCCUGGGCUGAGGUGGUGGAAUAGGCCUUGUGCAGUAAUUAAGGUGGUACCAUAUGGAUCGGCCCUCUACCUGAACUGCUGUAGGUGAGGCCUAAGUUACUGUGAUUGGUCCUUACCUUCUUGGUUCAUUCCAUUUUCUUCAAAAGGCUCGCACAUAAACCUGGUCUCCGGGCUUAAUCGGUCCUUCCUCUUGGUCAGCCUCUGGCUCCUUUUGCUUUUCCUGUGCAUAAAUAGACUUAUGUAUCAUGGUUAACUGUUGCAUAUAUUGGUUAAGUUCUACUUCUAACUGCUCCAAACUCGGGCCCUCAUACACAUCCCUUCAUCUGGUCACCGGCAUGGGUCUGCCGGUGAGCAUUUCAUGUGGUGUGAGGUGAGUUGUUCGAUUGGUUUGCAUACGGCAACUCAUUAGCGCCGGUGGCAAGGCAUCAAUCCAAUUUAACUUUGUAGUUGAACAAAUUUUGUUUAUUUUCGCUUUCAACGUCCCAUUCACCCUUUCCACCAUGCCUUGUGAUUGCGGGUGGUGUACACAGCCAAAUCUUUGCUUCACCCUCAGGGUCUGCAGCACCAGCUUAACUGUCUUUUUAACAAAAGCUGAUCCAUUGUCAGAGCUAAUUAUUGCUGGUAUGCCAAACCGUGGAAUCACCUCAUUUGUCAAAAAUUUCACGACUGUACCUGCCCCUAGGUCUUUGGAAGGUACAGCCUCCACCUGAAAAAGCUACUUUUCUUAACUACUAAACCAGGUUCGCUUCUUAAUAAACAGACACCACACAACUUGUUUGGUAGACCAGUUCAAAACUUUACUUAACAUCGGCCGAUGGAAGGGAGCGAGAAUUCCAGCUAAGUGACCAAUGUAGACACUUAACUGUGCUCAGCCACCUUCCCUGAACAACAGAAUUACAUUGCCUUAAAUAGUUUUUUUUUGUCCCCUUAGCACAUUCCACAAACAUUAGUCAUGGUCAGAGGUACAGGAAAAGGUUUCCACAGAAUGCAUCACAUCAAAGGCCUUUUGUUUACAUGGUACAAGAUAUACUAAAAACAUUGGCCAUAUGCUUUAGGUCAUUUUAUCUCCAAAGAGAUCACCCUAGCUCUUUUCGCUGCUUCCUCUCUGUCACUUGGUCCCUCAUAAACAUUGGUCAUUUGGUUUAUGGCAUCUUACUUCAAAGAUGUGACUAGCUAUGUCUCUCUUCCUCUCUGUCACUUCCUCACUUGGGAGACAAUGUUAUGGUAUUUAUUAUCCCACACACUGCAACCUGAGGCAAGCCUAAUUUGACACUAAAUAUAAGCUGUAAGCUAGCCCAGAAACCUAUUUUAAUAUCUUCUUAUUUUUUUAACUAA